UGAUUUUUUUUCCUGAGUCCGGGAUCUGUGUGCGGAGUGAGUCAUCUUUCCAACAGACGAUCUUCGUGUGCUAGCUAAAGCGCUACAGCUAACGAGGCUCCAGCGGAGACCGGACCGGACCGCCGCUCCUCGCCCCGGUAUGAUGCCAGGUGACAGCGACAUGACCUCCAUCGUCCAGAGAAUCGCCCGACAGGCCCUCGUCACGUACCGGAGGCCGGUUCGGCUCGGUGAAGAUGCCGCCAAAUCGUUCCUGGAGAACCAGAGCAAGCUGAAGAGCCUGAUGACGGAAGUGCGGGCGGCGGACCUGAAGCUCGCCCCGCGGAGAGCCGACGGCAGCGCGGCCGCCCCGCUGCCGCUGCAGCACGGCGCCCCGCCGGUCACCUACAUGCACAUCUGCGAGACGGACCACUUCAGCAUGGGGGUGUUCCUGCUGAAGAGCGGAGCCUCCAUCCCGCUGCACGACCACCCGGGGAUGCACGGCAUUCUCAAAGUCAUGUACGGCAAGGUCAGGAUCAGCUGCUUCGACCGGCUGGAGCGGCCGCCCGGCAGCCCGCAGGUGUCCCCCCCGGUGCCCCCGGUGCCGCCGGGCCAGGCGGACGCUCUGCGGUGCUCCGUGCUCCGCUCCACCGCGGAGUACACGGAGGAGAGCGGCCCGUGCGUCCUCUCCCCGGACCGGGACAACCUGCACCAGAUCGACGCUGUGGACGGCCCGACGGCGUUCAUGGACAUCCUGGCCCCGCCGUACGACCCGGACGACGGCCGGGACUGUCACUACUACAAGGUCCUGACCGAACCGGAGGGCAAAGACACGGAGCAGAAGGAGGUCUGGCUCAUGGAGAUCUCACAGCCCCCGGACUUCUGGUGCGGAGGGGAGCCGUACCCGGGCCCGGAGGUGUGCCUCUGAUCGGACUGACCUGCAGCCGCCACAUGUCUUCUCCUCUCGGGCUCGGGCUGGUUCGUGCACCCUGCUGAAGGCUCGGGGCCUGUGGACGAACCGAACUGGAGGGUCACUUUAAUCAUUAAUAACGUGUCUGCAGGACGUGAGGGGGUCACCCGAGAGAACACCUGGUCCUGUAGGUUUAUGACCCAGCAGGAGGAGCUCAGUGCUGCAGCUGAAACACAAUCGGUCCAGUUUCCAUUUCACUUCCUAUCAGUUAGAGCGGUUCUGUGAGUCCAGGCCCAGUUCAGCUCUGCAGUCUGUCUCCUUGAUCUCUGACCGUCCUUCAACCAAGUGGACCAAACUCUCAGGACAUUGAGAGGAGACAGAUCUCAGACAGAUCAUCUCCAUCAUCUUCAUCAUCAUCAUCACCACCAUCAUCAUCAUCACAUGCACACCUGGUUUAUCUGACGGGUUUAAAGGUGGAGUAGUUCUGUAACUUAACAUCCCGUCAGCUGAAAGUGUUUAAAAGAAACUUCCAAACGGAACCAAAAUUGGACCCUCUGUCUGAGCGACAGGCUAAAAUAAGACCCUGUUUAUUAUUUUGGAGGGGAGCUGCCAGGAGGUGACACCUUGAUGAUGUGCAGGGUGCAAAUGCUGCGUUCAAGAGCAGUCGGGGAAGUCUGGGUUUUCUUUUUUUAAAUUUGCUGCAUCCUGGUGGGAGCUGCUGCAGAUUUCUGUUAAACACACUAAAGUUCAGCUCUCACUGUCGCCUGAAAUAUAAAACCUAAAGCUUUAAAUGCAUAUUUAAACCGUCUGCUGCAUGACAACAAUAUAACACUUCUACUUUAUAAUCUGCUAGUUGUGAAUUCCCCAGACGCACCGCUGCUCCCUGAACGCAGCAUUCGAAGUGUAAAGGUGUACCUGAGCCCACGGAGGGACCGCGUCCACGUCUCCUCAUCGUCUUCCUGCUUCAAGCCUUUGUGACGUUUGUCCCAGUCGGAUGAAAACAUACAAUAAUAAUCUGAAACGUGUAAAAAUGAGCUGCAGCUUUAGUUGUUUCUCUCGCGGUGUGUUCAGGACUCUGCAGACAGUUUGAUGCUCAGGGCUGAAAGAUGUGCACUAAAGUUUGUGACCACACGAGGAAGGACGAGGUUUCACCGUCGACGCCACGACAAAAUCUGGACCGCAGAAAGUUUUUUGAGUGAAUGCUCUGUACGUAAAGAUCCCGUCAUAGAUCAUGUUUCAUGUCUGCACUGCUGGAAAAUGAUGCUUGUUCUGAAACUAGUGACAGUAAAGCUCUUAAGAACACGCUGUAGUUCUGUGUGUGUGUGUGUGUGUGUGUGUGUGUGUGAGAGAGAUCUGGUCUGUUAGGUGAGCAGUACCUGUAUCGAUGUGUUCUGCCUGUAACAAAGGUUUUUUCUGCCUGUUCAUAUAAAACGUUGCUCUUGAUUUUGCUUAAA